UCUUCCGUCAUUGUGCAGCAGCAAACAGCGUCCGCCGUGGCAACAGUUUGUUCGCUGUAAGGCAGCUUCGUGGAAACAUGAAGCGCUGGCUGGAUGAACAUUUAAAAUCUUGCUGAUCAUGAGUGGGACAGCGAGAGGCAUUUCAGAGGACAUGGAUCGACAAAUUGUGCAGGCGGUAUUCGAUGAGGACACAAUGUCGUCUACCUCAGUGGGUAUGUCAGAUUUGUCUGAUGAGAUCCUGCUGUGCAUCCUUCGCCACGUUCCGGUGUGUGACCUGCUGCUGAACGUGGCAAACGUCUGCCACAAGUUACAGACGCUGUGCCGCGAUAAGACCCUGCUCGCCCACGUCAGCCUGUCUGAGGAGUACCUGGCUGAUGAUCUUUUGGUCCGGCACAUAUUGAAGCAGCUGGCCAAUCACGUGCAGUCUCUGAGCCUGAAUGGUUGCUACUGGCUCUCUGGCUCAGUCAUGGAGCAUCUUGCUCGCUGCAGAGCAGUGACGCAUCUUGACGUCACCGGCUGUCGCCUCACUUCCAUCCGUCUGUCCCGUCUCCUCUCCUCCCUCUCUCUACUCAGAUCACUUGCUUUUGAUGUGACCCCGGGUUUCAACUCCGCUCAGCUGAGUUCAGAGGCGGUGGGUUCACUGAGCCGCCUGUCAGAGCUCAGACAGACACUGUUGACACCGAGUUAUGGUGUGGUGCCAUGCUGCGCCCAACUCCGCAAGCUGAUGCUACAGUUUGACAUCCCGGAUGUGACCAGGGAGGGUGUUGGUGUUUGCUGUCAGUUAAUGGUGGGUCAAAGCAGUGUGCCUCAUUACCAGCAGCUGGAGGAGUUCACCGCAAGGCUGGCUCCAGGAGAGGUAAACCAGACUUUGCUCCUCCUCUACCUGGCAGUGUUCAGUGUUCAUGUUCCAAAGCGUCUCAGAGUUUUCCUCGUCUCGAUUCCUGGCCCAAACCCUGCCCACUGGCCUGCCGCCCCCUUGCUGGCACAGAGCUUGGGUCAACGCGGCGACCUGGAGGCCCUGCAGCUCCCCCGGUCCUGGCUGGACUCCUUGUCACUAAAGAGAGCUCUGGAGGGAAACAGUCCAAAGCACCUCAGCUUCAGCCGCUGCCCGGCGUUGUGGCCGCAGGUGUUUCAGUCGCUGCUGGAGGGAGGGGUCCGGGACGCUACACAGCUGACCAGCCUGAACCUCAGCGGGAUCAACCAGGUUCUUUACUCAGAGUGUAGGAAUGUGGAAGAUCACCUGGUUUCUGGGACAAUGAGCCGGUUGGCAGUUGGCUGUUCCAACAUUAAACACCUGAACCUGAUGCACACACACUAUCAUCAUGAACACUCCCCUGUAGUGGGUGGGGAAACACACCUGUGUGCCAGCUUGAUCAAAUUCAGACACCUGCGCUCUCUCACUCUACCUGCCUGUGCUCUGUCAGACGGCUUAAACACACAUCACAUCUCUACAAACAACAAAUCUCCCUCUCCGCUGUUCUUGGGGCUAAAGAAAGCUCCACGUGUGGGGCUCCAGAAUUACAAGCCUGAUUCAGAGUCGUCUUUGUCGGGGGACAGCACCUCAGGGCUUGCUCAGCUCUUAGCUGGCUGCCCCUUUUUAGAGACCCUAGAGCUCAUUGGCCCAGGUUUCGUGUCUGCGCUGCCUCGACUUGAGCCCUGCUCUCGUGCCAGUGUGGAGCCCCGUGGUAUGUGUGCGUGGGCUCGAGGAGUUGGCGAUGCGCAUUUAGCCGCGCUUGAGGCUUUGCCUAAUUUAUGUCGACUGACUCUGGCUGGGCUUCCUGGGGUCUUAAGGGGGACAGGGCUGGUCCAGCUGGCCAGGCAUUGCAAAGACCUACAGGUUUUAUCCCUUGCCAACAUGGGGUCAUUAAAAACCAUGAAUUACACCCCUGCCUUGCUGGACAUGCUUAAACAGUGCUCACAGCUGCAGGAACUCAGGUUAGAGCAGCCCUACCUGAAUGCAAACACGUCAUUCUUUGAGGCGCUGUCCUCCUGCUCUCGUCUGCAACGUCUCUGCCUAAUCUCACGCGGCGGGACCUUUGACCCAUCAGCCACAGAGACCUUCAUGGAGCGAUGCCGCCACGUCGUCAUGUGCCACAUGUUCAUGGGCGGCACCUUGGUGGCCUGUCGCACACUGCAGAAAGCUCUGCUGGACAGGUUUUCAGUUGAGCGCUCAGCUCUGAGUGUGGUCAUCUAUCCACUACAACAUGAAGACCUUCCUUCAGUCAUCAGAGAUAUCCCACUAACGCUGCUGGAUCGGAUAACUUUGUUUCAGAGCCAUGUGGCCCAACCACCACAUUUAUCACCGCUGUGACAUCACCAGAAAGCUUCAGUGUGAUUGGUGCUCAUUAGCUGAGGUGCUCAGACUUUUUUUUUUUUUUUUUUUUCAGCAUGAAAAAAAACCCAAAAAUUCACAAAUGAAAGAGACUGAUUGUCAUCUGCGCUCUGAUUUAUUUGAGAUCUUGUGUGAUCUGUUACACCAACAACGGUUACAACAGUACAAUGAUGCUUGUUUACAUUUACAUGACUCAGUAAUGAUGGUCUUCAAAGGGAAACUUACUUCAGCUCACCUCCACAGGGAGGUCAGAAAGCCAGGGUCAGCUACAGAUUGAUGCUCUGGAGCUGGUAGGGAUUUUUAGUCUCUCGUUCCACGACGUUUCAUAAUUGGUGCCACGAGAGCCCAAAUUCUGGCUUCUCAGUAAACGAUGUAUUUGUUCUGUAACUUCGAUGUUGUAAUAAACUCCAUAUAAAUUA